CUCAUUGUCUAGCUGCGAUGCCUUCAGAAAGAGGCUUUUCAGAAAAAGCCAAAACUCCGAAGGUUUUAGAGGACACAAGAGUUGAUGACUUUCCUCUUGCGGCAGUUGUCGGUCAAGAUGCAGUGAAAGUUGCUUUGUUACUUGCAGCUGUCAAUAAGAACUUGAGAGGCAUCAUUUUGUCAGGAAGAAGGGGAACAGGAAAGUCUAUUAUGGCACGAGCGAUACACGCACUUCUGCCGCCUAUUGAAGUGCAGAAAGGUUCUUUUUGCAAUCAAGCUCCACAGAGUAAUUCGGAUGACGUCGUUGUUAUGAAACCAUAUUUUGUUCAAAUUCCUCUUAACGUAACAGAAGAUAGAUUGUUGGGUUCUGUAGAUAUUGAAGAGUCUUUAAGUCGAGGUGAACCUGUUUUUCAACCAGGUAUUCUGGCAAAGGCCAACAGAAGUGUGCUUUACGUGGAUGAACUCAAUCUGUUGGACGACUCGAUAGUCAAUAUUCUUCUUGGUGUAUUGGCAGAUGGACAGGUCGUUGUAGAACGUGAAGGAUUCUCUGUGACUUAUCCAUGUGAGCCUUUGUUUAUUGCCACAUACAAUGUCGAAGAGGGAGAAAUAAGACCCCAUGUUUUGGAUAGAUUUGCUAUUUCUCUUUCAGUUGACAAUGAACCACUCACACAAGAUCAACGUAUAGAGGCAGUGAAUAUGAGUAACAUGUUUGCUGAUCAGCGACAAGAGUUGAUUAGCCAAUUCAAUGAAGAAACACAAGAGAUGGCAUCGAGGAUCAUUUUUUCCAGAGAGUUUUUGAAUGAUGUUGUUGUUACGAAAGAACAAAUAGAAUACUUGUGUACAGAAGCGUCUCGAGGUCAAUGUAUUGGUCAUCGCGGUGAAGUGUUCGCAGUAGAAGCUGCAAAGGCCUCUGCCGCCUUGGAUAACCGAGACUAUGUAUCGGAAGAGGAUCUUCGAACAGCGGUGAAACUUGUUCUUGUUCCACGAGCAAUGUCUCUUCUGAAUAAUGAACAGCAGUCAGCUCCAGAACCCAAGUCUGCACCACCUCCGCCCCCUUCCUCUUCAGACAAUGAAGAAGAAGAAGAAGAAGAAACGGAGACUAAAGAACAAGAAGAAACCAAUUUUCAGGUUCCAGAAGAGUUUUUAUUUGAUCCUGAAGGAGGUAUUGUGGAUCCCAAUUUACUCCAGUUUGCCUCAAAACAAAACAGCGGUCGUAGUGGGAAGCGGGGUAAAAUAUAUUCAUUCGACAGAGGUCGUUAUAUAAAGCCUGUAUUGCCUCGUGGCGAUACUUGGAGAAUAGCAUUAGACGCUACUUUACGAGCAGCAGCUCCUCUUCAGAAGAUAAGAAGGGAACGUUACAUGGAUAUCACGUCAUCCAACGACCGUCGUGUGUAUAUCAGAAAUCAGGAUAUUCGCAUUAAGAAGAUGUCUAAGAAGGCUGGAACUUUGGUUAUUUUCCUAGUUGAUGCCUCGGGUUCGAUGGCUUUGAACCGAAUGAAUGCUGCAAAAGGGGCAGCAAUACGGCUUUUAUCAUCUGCAUAUGAGUCUCGUGACAAGAUUUCUCUUAUUUCUUUUCAAGGUGAGAAUGCACAGGUACUUCUUCCACCCACUCGUUCAGUGGCCAUGGCCAAAAGGAGGAUGGAGACCAUGCCUUGUGGUGGAGGUUCUCCUCUAACGCAUGGAUUGUUUCUCGCUUCAAAAGUGGGAAUUCAGGCUCUUAGUAGUGGAGACGUGGGACAAGCAAUCAUUGUACUCAUUAGCGAUGGUAGAGCAAAUAUUUCACUUUCGCAAAGCUUAGGAGAAGCCCCUGAUACCAAAAAGAGCAAAGCUGAAUUGAAACAAGAAGUCUUAGAUAUGGCUAGGAAAAUAGCAGCACUAGCAAAAGUCAAAUUGCUUUGUAUUGAUACAGAGAACAAAUUUGUGUCAACAGGUAUCGCAAAAGAGAUCGCAAAUGCCGCGAACGGAAAUUACAACUAUCUUCCCAAAGCCACUGACUCUGCAGUAGCUUCCCUAGCGGGACAAGUUAUUUCAAGCAUAAAAAGUAAUUUCUGAGAAAAAGUCCAACUCUAUUCUGCAAAAGUACGGCAACUUUGAAA